AUGAGUGAGGAGCAUAGAAUCAAGUCCGUGGCUGUUGUUGGCGCGGGUGCGGGAGGGGCUAUCGCCGCGGCAGCAUUGAAAGCUGAGAACUAUUUUGAACGGAUUCGGGUAUUUGAGAGAAGAGAGACGCCCGGAGGAACAUGGAUUUACGACUCGGACCCGAAGCCCGCAUUAGAGGUGCAUCCGGGAAAGUUACCCCCCGAUGUCGAUCCGCCGCUGGAGAUCCCGAAGGAGCUCCCUCAGAUCACACAACCUAACCAGCAAGAGAGGUUUUCCAAGACGCCUAUUUACGACUCUUUAACAACCAAUGUCCCCGACAUCGCCAUGUGCUUCUCCGAUAGGAGGUUUGCCUACGGCCCGUUCCCGCCACAUCAUGUCCCGAAACAGUAUAUCGAGAGCUAUUUCUCGCUCCACAAGACGGACUCCCUGCUGAGUCUAAACACCACCGUCGAGGACAUCACCAAACUAAAACCCGAUUCGGAAGACGGCCCCGAAAGGUGGAAGUUGACCCUCCGGAAGUACGACCCGUCUCGCCACGUCGACGUCUGGUGGGAAGAAACAUUCGACGCCGUAAUUCUGGCGAACGGGCACUACUCCGUCCCCUACAUCCCCCACGUCAAAGGCCUCCAAGAAUACGCCCGGAAAUUCCCCGGCCGCGUGUCGCACUCAAAAUACUACCGCUCGCCCCUCCCCUACACCAACCAACGCGUCGUCGUCGUCGGCAACUCCGCGUCAGGCCACGACCUAACCGCCGAACUAGUCUCCACAGCCCGCCUCCCCGUCUUCCAAUCCCGCCGCUCCAAGUCCCGCUGGGACGGCCCCGAGCCGCCCCCGGGCAUCGCCUGGAAGCCCGUGGUAUCCUCGUACGACGCCUCGGACGGCGGCAGCAUCCUGUUCGCGGACGGGACGCGGCUGGCGGACGUCGACGCCGUGAUCUACGCCACGGGGUACAACGCGUCCUUCCCGUUCUGGAACGCCGCGAACAGCGCGAACGGCGCGCCGCUGUGGGACUACGCCAGCGGCAAGCUCGUCGGGAACUACUGGCACACCUUCUUCCGCGCGCACCCCACGCUCGGCAUCGUCGGCGUGCCCCGCGUGCUGACGUUCCGGAGCUUCGAGUACCAAGCCGUAGCUCUGGCGCGGGUGUUCGCCGGGCGCAACGCGGUGCCGCUGCCGCCCGCGGCCGAGCAGGAGCGCUGGGAGCGGGAACGGUUGGAAAGCACGCGGCGGGAGGGUCGGCGGUUCCACGAUAUUAAUUGGGAGAGGGGGGAGACGGCGGAGUGGCUGGAGGGGCUGUUUCGGAUCGCGGGACUAGGUACGCUUAGGGGAGAUGGGAGGGUGCCGCCGCCGUUGACGAAGGAGGUUGUCUGGGCGAUUGAGCAUUUGAGGAAGUAUCCGGAGCCGGGGAAGGGGAAGGAUGGGGAUGAUGGAGAUGGAGAUGGAGAGGGAAAGGAGGAUGAUUUGGUUAUAGAGGCUCGGAGUGAUCAGACGAGUAUCCAGGAUGAUGGAUGGGUAUUGGUUGAUAGGCGACAUAAAGAUUUAUUGGGAUUCAUAUGA